AUGACAGACUUGAUCAGCUGCCAGGGUGAGGAGGAACCGGUCACAAAAGCCACCACCGGGAAAACAAGUUCGCUCCGCCGGGUCCAGGGAGCCGAGAGUCAGCUGUGCGGCGGCUGCGACAUCAGCACCCACUGCCCUCGCCCGGGCGGUGAGGACCCCAGCCCCGGGCGGCCCCUGACCUCCCCCACCCCUGCGGAGACCGAGGCGCUACCGCUCGAGCCGCCCUUCCCCCAUCGCGAAGCCAGCGGGAACCCCCGCCCCGGCGGUCUGAGGUCCCCGAGCCACCGCCUCCGUAUACCAGGCAGCCACAGCAGGAGCUCUCUGGGGGUUGCAGUCCUUGAGGGGGCCUCUGUGUGCCUCAGCCGCGGAGCCGGGACUAGGACUCCCACAGUACCGCGCGCCUGCCCCGCCUCCUCGCUGGUGGCUCCCCCCACCCAGCCAGACUACGUUUCCCGACAGCCCUCGCGGCUCUGCGGCUCUGCCGCCCUCCCUGCCGAGACACCUGCCGAACUGGGCGUCAGGUCGGGGAGGCGUUCUGGUGCCUGCUCGCCGCUGCCCCGCCAGCAGCGACUGCCCCGCCAGCAGCGACUCUCCCGCCUCUCCAGUCGCGCUGGUGGCAGGAGCUGCACAGACCACUGUGCUCGGCUGUGGAGUUGCGGUGCGCGACACACCGAGCCCCCGUCACCCCCAGUCCGGGCGACCCCUCCCGGGUCAGCCCUCGUCCAGAGCCGCCCCGGGCCCCCAACGGCCGGCGCCCGCACUCCCGCGCCCCACCCUGAACCCGGACUCCGGCUCCUGCGCCGCUUUCCACCCAGAGGAAUUGUGAAGGACAGCAUAUUCGAUACAAGACAUGCAACGAUCAUGACUGCCCUCCAGAUGCGGAGGACUUCAGAGGCCGGCAGUGUUCAGCCUACAAUGAUGUCCAGGAUGAGGGGCGUUAUAGUGAGUGGCUUCCGCAGUACAACGAUCCUGCUGCCCCCUGCGCGCCGAAGUGUCACGCAUGGGGACAAAACUUGCUCGUGGAGCUGGCGCCCAAGGUCCUGGAUGGAACUUGUUGCAAUGCUGACUCCUUGGACAUGUGUAUCAGCGGCAUCUCUCAGGCAGUGGACUGCGGCCCGCGCCUGGGGAGCAAUGCCAAGGAAGACAGCUGUGGUGUCUGUGCUGGUAGUGGCACCACCUGCAGGCUGGGGCGGGGACAGCCACAGACACAGGCUUCUCCUGAAAAAAGUAGGUUUUAAACCCGAUUCCGUCACCCUAAAACAACAUGUGCUGUAG